AAAUAAAUGGUAAAGGUAGCUGGUGGAGGAAAUUUGAUUUCCAUUCUAUACUACACUUUUCAGUUUUCACCCCUUUUCUUUAAAUUCACUAUUUUCAUCUUUUCAAUCCCACGAAUUCCAAAUACUAUAGACACCUUUUUCUACCAUCUACAGUGCUGAGAAGUAGCAGUGAGCAACAACUGAGAUUCUUGUUAGAAAAGAAUGAACAAAGGUGCUGCAGGAGGGUUAGGGGGCGGCGCCGGAAGUGGGCCCACCGCGGCUGCGGCUGCAGCAGCGGCGCAGAAACAGAAGACGCUGUUACAAAGAGUUGAAGGCGAUAUCGCUAAUAUCGUUGACAAUUUCAACCACCUCGUCAACGUUGCAAGGGUAAAUGAUCCACCAGUUAGAAAUUCACAGGAAGCUUUUAUGAUGGAGAUGCGUGCUGCUAGGAUGGUACAGGCAGCUGAUUCUCUGUUGAAGUUGGUGUCAGAGCUGAAGCAGACUGCAAUUUUUUCAGGAUUUGCCUCUCUUAAUGAUCAUGUAGAAGAAAGAAGGAUUGAAUUUAAUCAGCUGGCAGAAAAAACAGAUCGCACUUUAUCCAGAGUUGGGGAGGAAGCUGCUGCUAGCCUAAAAGGGCUUGAAUCUCAUUAUUCUUCUUCUGUGCAGAAGAUUAUCCAAAACCCAGAACCAUAGUUAAGAAUUUAUCAAUGCAGAUUAAGAAGUAGAAACGUUAAUUUCUGUACUGAGAAGAAUGGAAAGCAAAUAGCCAGCACUGAGUGAGUGGAUGUAAUUAGAUGAGGAGUCAACUUGGAAAGAGGCAAGAUCGUUGUGCACUCUUUCAUAUGAUUACAGUUACUGGGAGGUAAGAAAUUUCGAAUGAUGUGGUUGUUGUAACAAAUUUCUGUUAUCUGAAAUCAUUUAGGACUUGUUCGGUGGCUAAGAUAUAAUUAGGAUAGAAUAUAAGGAGACACUUUGCUGAAGUUAUCAAUGUCAUUUAUGAGAAUACGAAGGUUGGGAUAUUUAUUUUGAAGUUUGUUAGGAUGUAUAUUUUUGGGGGUAUUUUAUUCCUACAAAAAUUAUAUUCCCAUGUUCUAGUAGAUUUUAUUCCCAAGA